AUGUUGAAAAUUAGACAACGUCGAUUAGGAAAAAAUGGUCCUGAAGUAUCGUGUGUGGGUUGUGGAGCAAUUAUUAUGGCAAACAUCGAUGGAAAAGAGGACCAACGAUUUGAAAUUUAUCAUCGUGCAAUCGAACUCGGUUGUAGUUUUUUCGAUAGCGGCGAUGUUUAUGGCGAUAGCGAAGAUUCUCUUGGAAAUUAUUUUUCAAAGUAUCCAAAUCAACGCGAAAAAGUGUUUCUCGCCACGAAAUUCGGUCUUGUUCGUUCAUCCGAAUCGAACGCUUACAUAGCACGUGGCGAUGCCCAAUACGUUCACGAAGCGUGUGAAAAAAGUUUAAAACGUCUCCGCGUGCACUUUAUCGACCUCUAUUAUGUUCAUUGCAUCGAUACGUCAAUUCCAAUUGAAGAAACGAUCCAUGCGAUGAAAGAAUUGAUUGAUCUCGGAAAAAUCAAACACAUUGGGUUAUCCAACUGUUCAAGUGAAACGCUUCAACGUGCAUAUGCCAUUCAUCCAAUUUCGUGUGUACAGAUCGAAUAUUCACCAUUUAGUCUAAACAUCGAGAAAGAUCAAAGAAGUCUUUUGCAGACAUGUCGACGGCUGGGGGUGGCAAUAGUUUGUUAUUCACCGUUAAGUCGAGGGCUGCUUGGCGGAAAUAUUCGAUGUUUAGAUGACUUGGAUAAAAAUGACUUCCGAAGACAUUUCCCAAGGUUUUCCUCAGAGAAUUUAACGGACAAUAUUCGAAUAACUGACGAAUUCACGAAAUUGUGUGCAAGAAAAGGUUGCAGUCUCAGUCAGUUAACCUUGGCUUGGAUCCUUGCGCAAGGUGAAGACUUCAUUCCAAUUCCAAGUACAACCAAGUUGGCCCAUUUAGAAGAAAAUCUUCUUUCAACUCAAAUUCAAUUCGAUCAAACUGAAUUAAAUGAUAUUCGAGAUAUUUGUGAAAAAUAUCAAGUCGCCGGAGAACCUUGUCCGAAAAACAUGUCACAUUUUUUAUUUUCUGACUCCGCUCCGCAAUGA